UUUGACUCACGAAAAUAAAACGUCGCUUCACCAUGCGGUAAGACCGGUGCCCACACGCAUGUACACGUAUACCUAUAUAAAAGUGUCAUCGUGCCAUUCCCGCGAAUAGUUGGGCGCUGCGCGGCGAGCGAACAUGAUCGAGUUUCUGGUACUAUUCCUUGGCGUUUAUGGGACAUUGGCGGCUCCUCAUGUUCCCCACGUGAGUCAUGAUCCUCAUCUGGACAAUAAUGCGGAAAUGGUCGACGGGCAGCUUCCCGGUACCGAGAAUCUAAACGAAAAGGCGCUUCCAAUAUCUCGCUUAUUUGCGACGGGGUCGAAUAAUCUGCCGGCGAGAAAUAAUCUGGCUGAGAAAUCUCAAGUACCUCAACGACUUCCGGGGACGGCGAAUCUGGCAGAAAAGCGAAUUCCUGAUAUCGUCCUGAAGAGAUUGUCACAAGUGCUUGAUGUCAAAUAAAAGAAGGAAAAUCGCAGUCUAAGAUGUUAUAUUUUAUUGGAACAUAGCAAUCAAAAUAUAUUUGAUUGCCGCCAACAUUGAUAUCUAAAUAAUUCAUAUAAUUGAAUUGAAUCUUCUUGUUAAGAUUUAAGCACGUUUCGAAUAUCUGAAAAUUUAACUGCAAAAGAAAAGUAAGAAUCUUUCUGAAAAUGAUAUGGACACACGCAUCAUAUUAAUGAUACAAAAAUCUAAAUGGUCAGAGACAAUAAAAAUAAUCAAAAUGAAGAAUUAUUAUAUUCCACCGUUUAUAAUGUUUAACACUAAAAUUAACACAGAUUGGUCAAUCUGUGUUAAUUUAAGGGAUUUGUUAAUAAUAAAUAAUCCAAAAGAAAAAACUUGUUAAAAUAACUACACUUUAUAUUAUAGGCAUCGUAAAAAGUGUACAUAAUUAUCAAUUAAAUAUUUCAUUACAUGUAUACUAUAUGCAAUACUGUCUACUAUAUGUAUACAAAGUAAACAACUCUAAGUUACUACGUUGUAAUAUAAUACUGAGAGUGAUAAAACAAUUCGCGGAUGAAGCCACAGGA